CUUUGUUCUUUGUUUUGAUUUUUAGUACCAUAAAGUCGCAAUUAAUCAAAAAUGUGUUUUAUUUAAUUUUGAAAAAUUGUAAUUAGAAUUUCUUUAAUUUACUUUAAUUAUUUUUAUCAAAAGUUUUUUCAUAUUUACUUAGAAAUAGAGGAAAAUGGAUGCACUUAAAGUCAUAGCUUCAGCAUUUCUUCAAGGAUUCUAUGACAGUAUAAAGGGAUGUGUACUAGUAUUUUCUAUAGACAGGCAAAUGAGAAUACAAAUGCAAGAGUCCAAAUCAAUUGAAAAAUCUGAUGCCAGUAAUAUCACCGAAAGGGAAAAAACCCAAAGUAGAAACAAAAAAAACGAACCAAAAAUAAUGCGGCAAGUUUGGAAAUGUUGUAUGCUAAAUGGCGGUUGUACUUGGUUUGUUAUAUUUAUAUUCCAAUAUGGGGUGCUUAAUGUUAUAAAAUUUCUAAUUAAUGAUGAAGUCGUUUGGAAAUGGUUAAGUUCAAUUUUGUCAAUUGUGUUUGGAAUGGCUUAUGUUAUGCCAAUAUUUAUUUUGAGCAAAAUUGUAAAUGGUUUAUGGUUUCAAGAUAUAGCAGAUUCCGUAUAUAAAUUUAGGAAAGGACGACCACAAUUGAUACCAAGUUUUAGUAAACUAAUUGCUGAUUUUAUAUUUAGUUUAUUUGUGCAAAUGUUAUUUUUGUGUCAAAGUACUUUAGUUUCAUACCUACCAUUUCAAUACGUUGGACUUACACUAUGUUAUGUUCAUUUAGCAUUUUUGUAUGCUUUGUAUUCUUUUGAAUACAAGUGGGUUAACAUGGGUUGGGAAUUACAUAAAAGAUUAAAUUUUAUCGAAUGUAAUUGGCCAUAUUUUCUUGGUUUUGGAAUGCCUCUUACAAUACUCACAAAUAUUACAAGUUCCUUCGUUUUAAGCGGUUGUAUAUUCUCCAUGGCAUUUCCAAUUUUUAUUUUAAGUGCAACCGAUGCUCAACCCAUUACGGGAUCAUGUGAUUUUCCAUUAAAAUUAUUUUCACCUGUAGUUGCAAUAUCAAAUUUAUUAAUUAAUCAAUCUGUGAAAGUUCAGAAAACUGCCAACAUAAAUUCAAAUUCACAAAAUUUAACUAAUUUGAAAUUAAAUCAUCAUGAGCGUUCUAAUACACCAGAAAUAUUAGAGAGGAGAGAAUAUGAUAGGAGAAAUUCAAGAACAUUAUCACAUAGAAGUUUUCGGUAGUAAAUUAAUAUUCAACAUGUACACCAGACUGAAAAUUUUUUGAAUACCGAAAACAUUUACAUGUCCGAUACAUUUGCUUUGUACAUAAAUUAUAAUUAAUUGCUUUAAGUAGUAAAAUGUUUUUAAGGUCUUAAGUAUGUAUAUUUUUUUUAUUUUAAAAAUUGUUUUUCGGAGAAAAUAAA